AUCGAUAGAUAAGUAGAGAAAAAGAGUUUUGCAACAUAAACCAUAACUUAUUUAUGUGAUGGUGUUGUGAUGUAAGGGAAGAGCUUUGCUUCGUUUUGCUAUUAUAUAUAAUUUAAAUAAUAAUAAAAGUGAUAAAACAAGGAAAUCCAGUGCAAAAAAAGUGUUUGAAUAUUAUAUAAUUUGAAAAAUAUAUUAGCUAAAGUAAAUAAGAAAAAAUUCUUACAAAGUUUCCAUUCAACCUCAAAAGGAAAAAUCGAUUUUCAUCACCAAAAACCAAAAUUGCAUAUUUCCAUUAGUGCUAACAACCUUAACGCGUGCUUAUGCUUAUGUGUGUUUGAUAUUAAAAUUAUUGUUCAUGUUUUCCCAACAAAGAGCAGAAAAGAAAAAUUUAUUAAAUCCUCCUGUCAAAUUUCAAUUACAACAACAAAUUUCGUACCAGACCGGCACAAUAAACCCCAAAAGAAGUUCUAGCCAGGAGAAAACCGAACUUUGAUAAGUUCAAUCCUAAUGGGCUGAAUGCAAUUGGGGAUUUGAAUACCGAAAUGUCGUAUACUGAGCUGGAAUCAGGGUAUCAGGAUCUACGACAACAAUCGUCACAACAGGCGGCCGCUAAUUCUGGUCAACAAACGCAUCAUGUUCUACUGGCAGGUGGCUCGGAUCGUCAACAACCAUGUCCUGGAUUUUUUGUAGGCCACGAUGGCAAUGGUGAUACAGAUUUCGGCGAGAGUAAUGACGGAAUGGAUUCUGACACCAGUACGUCUUCAAAUCCAGGCAAACAAGUGGUUGUGGGGGUUUGCGCUAUGUCCAAGAAAACUCAAUCAAAACCGAUGAAAGAAAUCAUAACACGUUUAGAAGAAUUUGAAUUCAUUAAAAUGGUUAUAUUUUCGGAGGAAGUGAUAUUAAAAGAAUCUGUUGACAAUUGGCCGAUUUGUGACUGUCUAAUAUCAUUUCAUUCCAAAGGUUUCCCAUUGGAAAAGGCUAUUCAAUACGCUCAACUGCGUAAGCCGUAUGUUUUGAAUAACUUACAUAUGCAAUACGAUAUACAAGAUCGACGACGAGUUUAUGCUAUUUUAGAGAAAGAGGGCAUUGAAAUACCCCGUUAUGCAGUAUUGGAUCGAGAUUCACCGGAUCCUAAGAAACAUGAAUUAAUAGAAUCAGAAGAUCAUGUCGAAGUAAAUGGCGUAAUAUUUAAUAAACCGUUUGUGGAGAAACCGGUCUCGGCCGAAGACCACAACAUUUAUAUAUAUUAUCCCACAUCUGCUGGUGGUGGAAGUCAAAGGCUAUUCAGAAAGAUUGGCAGUCGUAGUAGUGUUUAUUCACCCGAAUCGCGUGUUCGCAAAACCGGUUCAUUUAUUUAUGAAGACUUUAUGCCUACAGACGUGUAUUUUCCAGGUACCGAUGUCAAAGUGUAUACGGUGGGUCCGGAUUAUGCACACGCUGAGGCCCGUAAAAGUCCAGCAUUAGAUGGCAAAGUCGAACGUGAUAGUGAAGGCAAAGAGAUACGCUAUCCAGUUAUAUUAAAUCACGAUGAGAAACUGAUAUCACGUAAAGUUUGCUUGGCCUUUAAGCAGACCGUGUGUGGCUUUGAUUUGUUGAGAGCUAAUGGAAAAUCGUAUGUCUGUGAUGUGAACGGUUUUAGUUUUGUAAAGAAUUCCAAUAAAUAUUAUGAUGAUUGCGCGAAAAUACUUGGUAAUAUGAUCCUUAGGGAAUUGACGCCUACGCUUCAUAUACCAUGGUCGGUGCCCUUUCAAUUAGAUGAUCCACCCAUUGUGCCCACAACAUUUGGUAAAAUGAUGGAAUUACGUUGUGUGGUGGCAGUAAUACGUCAUGGCGAUCGCACUCCAAAACAAAAAAUGAAAGUUGAAGUUAGACAUCCAAAAUUCUUUGAAAUUUUUGAAAAAUAUGAUGGCUUCAAAUUUGGCCAUAUCAAAUUAAAACGGCCCAAACAGUUACAAGAAAUCCUAGAUAUCGCCCGUUUUCUCUUAGCCGAAAUUGAAACGAAAGCCGAUGCCGAAAUUGAAGAGAAGAAAAGCAAAUUGGAGCAAUUAAAAAGCGUUUUGGAAAUGUACGGCCAUUUUUCUGGAAUUAAUCGUAAAGUACAAAUGAAAUAUCAGCCAAAGGGUAGACCACGUGGAUCUAGCUCUGAUGAUGACGCACCCACGGAACCGUCAUUAGUAUUGAUUUUAAAAUGGGGCGGUGAGCUUACACCAGCUGGUCGCAUACAAGCUGAAGAACUAGGUCGUAUAUUUCGUUGUAUGUAUCCCGGUGGUCAAGGGCGUUAUGAUUAUUCUGGUACACAAGGCUUGGGUUUAUUAAGGCUACAUUCAACGUUUCGCCAUGAUCUCAAAAUCUACGCUUCGGACGAGGGCCGGGUACAAAUGACAGCUGCCGCUUUUGCUAAAGGCCUACUGGCUUUGGAAGGUGAAUUAACACCAAUAUUGGUACAAAUGGUCAAAAGUGCAAACACCAAUGGCUUGUUAGAUAAUGAUUGUGAUUCGAGUAAAUAUCAAAAUAUGGCCAAAAAUCGUUUACAUGAAUUAAUGCGUCUAGAUCGUGAAUUUACUUCAGAUGAUCGCAUAGCAAUUAAUCCCAAUAAUAGUAUAUCGAUUAAUCAAGCCCUCGAUUUUGUUAAAAAUCCUGUCGAAUGUUGUCAACACGUUCAUAAAUUAAUUAAAGAAUUAUUAGUCAUAAUCAGUGUUAAAAAAGAUGAUCCAAAAACCAAAGACGCAAUUCUAUAUCAUGGUGAGACUUGGGAUUUAAUGCGUUGUCGUUGGGAAAAGAUUGAGAAAGACUUCAGUACAAAGUCUAAACUGUAUGAUAUAUCGAAAAUUCCCGAUAUUUAUGACUGCAUUAAAUAUGAUUUGCAACAUAAUCAACAUACGUUACAAUAUGAUCAGGCCGAAGAAUUGUAUAUAUACGCGAAAUAUUUGGCUGAUAUUGUGAUACCGCAAGAGUAUGGCUUAACAACUCAAGAAAAGUUAACAAUUGGCCAGGGUAUUUGUACGCCAUUGCUAAAGAAAAUCAAAUCUGAUCUGCAACGUAACAUCGAAGAAGUCGACGAUGAAUCAGUGAAUCGUUUAAAUCCACAAUAUAGCCAUGGUGUGGCAAGCCCGGGACGACAUGUGCGCACUCGUCUAUAUUUUACUAGUGAAAGUCAUGUUCAUUCUUUAUUGACUGUGUUACGCUACGGUGGAUUGUUAAAUGUGACUACAGAUGAGCAAUGGCGCCGCGCUAUGGAUUACAUUUCGAUGGUUUCUGAAUUGAAUUACAUGUCACAAAUUGUUAUAAUGUUAUACGAAGAUCCAACCAAGGAUCCUACCUCAGAAGAAAGAUUUCAUGUGGAAUUACAUUUCAGUCCCGGUGUCAAUUGCUGUGUGCAAAAGAAUUUACCACCAGGCCCUGGCUUUAGACCACAUUCGCGCAACGAUUCAAAUGCCUUGAAAGCAGUGUGUAGUGAUGAUCUAACCGGCAAUCCUGAACGCAUUGAUGAGGAAAACGAUACUGACGAAAGUCCUGUAAAAAAUCAAAAGGUCUCUAAUAUAUUGGAUAAAGCUCACCUCAAAUCAAAACCCAUUUCAAUCGGUGCUCAUCACACUGUUAGCGGCCAUGAAGCUUUAGAUUUGGCUAAACGUUUGAAUGAAGAAUUGGCCUCACAGCAGCAAACCAAACAAACUGGUUCUCUGGAAACGGCCCGUCCCAUAAGCCCUAACGCUGAACCGCGCUCCCGAAGUUAUGAACAACAACAUGCUCAAAAGUCAAAAGAUGGUAUCUGCCUUGCCAGUGAUAAAAAAUUCCCAGAAAUUUUCAAUUCAUCACACAGUAUAACUAAUCUUAAUCGUACAGCUUUUCAAAUACGCAUAACAGAUAAUUUAACACUUUACAAAAUCGAUUCAUCGACGAACGAGUUACCCCUAUCCGAAAUAGAUUUUAAUCUGACUCCGAACGGUAAUAACAAUCAAGAAAUUUGCCCGACUCAAAAAACCGAUUCAGCAACAGAGCAAUUAUUAAAAAAACAAAGUCAGUUAUUAACUAUGCGGCGUAUGGAAAGUAAUGAUAGUUCAGAUUAUAUACAAAAAUUGCGAGAAUUUCGUAGAAUGUCACCUCUAUCGACUAAUGAGAGACCAUUAACUUGCAACUGCUCGUUACACUUAUGCAUUGAUAAUGAAGAGAAUUCCUUACCUCAUAAUCAUGCAAAAAGUGAAACCGACCUCAGUGAGCUGAUAAUGCCUUUUAUCAAAAAGCAAAGCAAUUAUGCCGAAUUUGAGGAGGAUUUCCAAAUGUCUGCUUCAGCUCCUGCUGUUCUAUUAAGUGGUGAUUUUCUUCCACAACAACAUCGUGAUAACAGAUUAUUGAAAGCCUCCUCCCUUACCAAUUCACCUACCGCUUCCACUUUACAAUUAUGCAAAGCUUUGGAAGACACUGCAUCGUUGCCCAUAAUUGUUAAGCCUACUGACCGUGCACUCAUAGUUGCUAAGCAUAAGACCUCAUUGACCAACGCUCAAUCGGCCCCGAUUAUAGUAGAGUUAGCAAAUCCUUUUAAAUUUCCAUGCAACAUUUGUACCGUAAUUCCUCCCAUCGCUGAAAAUUCUGCUAGCAUAACCAGUUAUCAGAGUACUCCAAUUCAUUAUCCUCCCGAUACCUAUCAGCAACAAGAGCAAUCACGAGAAAAAUUUUAUACGAAACAUCAAUCGCAUCAUAACAUACAUUUGCAUUACCAUUCGGCCACAAAUUCAAAUUUACAUACAAAUAUCACAAUACCGAAUGUUGUUGUAACUUUAACUUCUUCUACUUCCGCCAAUAAUUUAACUAAUUUAUCAUAUAAUACAAAUGAAUUUAAUACCAAACUCAUUACUGACUCUUCUAAUGUCACGACCCAUGAUCUCCGUUCCUUUACCGAUCUAUUUCAUAAUUUAUCCUCUGCUGCCUCUUAUACCAAUAAUGACAAUAACAAUGUAUCAACCACUCCCCACCUUACCAUUACCUCUUAUCCCAUUACCACAACCACAACGGCUACCGGUGGCAUGCACAACGACAACAUAACCACGACCACUUCCGCAACUAUAGACGGUAAUGCCACUUCGGUAUCGUCCACAUCAUCGGUAUCGUCGUCUAGACGUCAAAGACACAGUAUUGCCGGCCAGAUGUCUUAUAUGAAAAUGUUGGGAUUCGGUGGUUUCAAUAAAAAGAUGACCACCAGCGCCAAUAGCUUAUUUAGCACUGCGGUUAUCAGUGGAAGUUCUUCGGCACCCAAUUUACGAGAUAUGAUACCAGUCUCAUCAUCAGUUUUAGAGGGCUUUGGUGGUGUGCCACCCAUACGGCCCUUGGAAACACUGCACAAUGCUCUUUCACUUAAACAACUCGAUAACUUCCUGGAGAAAAUGACAACGGCACCACUAUUUAAAACGCCAACGUGUACACCACCGAAAAACCCGUCAACUCCGCUCUCGAUGAUUACGACAACUAUUGAAGAAGAAACAUGUGUCAGUACACCUACUAACCAUUUAUGCAUCUGCAACGAUAAUCACCGCGAUGAGGAUUCUCAUUUUGAAUUGUGCACUCGUUGCGGUCGUCAAAGAAGAUUUGAUCCAACACGUCUGGAAAGAAAUUUAAAUCAAUCGUCCGCUCAAAAUCCUUCAAACAUUAUGUGGAGUAAACAAUCAAGUAUAGCCAGCAGUAUUACGGAGCCGUCAUCGCCAGCCAUAUCGGAUACUUGUUCACAAGAGACACCAAGUUGUGACAUGUCAAUUAGUUUAACCAGCACGGAAGGUUACAAUAUGCCACCAGCUGCCACAGAACAACUCGCCAAGUUCUUUCCACAAUUGGAUGUUGAUUUAAAUUCGGUUAGCGUUUACGCGCCUCUAAAUACAGACACAUUAGGUGAGGCGAACAAUGCAUUAGAUGAACUCCAUUUCUCAGCAGUGGCUGCUGGUUUUGAAGCGAAGAGUGCCUGUUUGACACCAGUCAGUUUUAACAUGGAUCUUAGCAUAGUCGCCAAUAAAGGAUCUUUGACAUUAUCAAUGGAAGGUUUUGAAGAUGACGACGACGCUACACCCUCUGCUGCUACCCCAUCUUUGCCCUGCGAUGAAUCGCAAAUGGCUUUCUGCUAUUGUUGCGAAGCUCACGUUAAUCAAGGGCAGCCACCAGAUGAUACGCAAAAAUCGAAUGAAUUAUUUACUAUAAUGCGCAGCAAACGUUUAGCAGCGCAUGAGCGCAAAACUCCCUGCGCAUGCGCGGAACCACCGUUGAGUGCAGGCUUGCUUAACCCCGAACUGCCUUCAUUAAAUGUUAGAAAAGUUUCAGACCCUAUAUCGCCACGGAUACAAAGGCAAAUAAGCCUUUUUGAAGAUGGUGAAUUCGAUAAGCCCAAAGAUUAUUCUGUGUUGCACGGUUCCAUAAAUAUACCAGCUCAACUGAAGCAAGAUGCUCGUUUGCGCAAAUUUGAAAAUCUAACUCAAUCGACCUCAAACUCGAAUUUUCCUUUCGAAAGCAAUACCUUAAAACGGGUACCUAACAAAGUUGAAGAUUUUGUUGAUGCCGAGUUAACGCAAUCUUGUAUAAAUCUAAAAAGUUCUGGCGUGGCUGCUUCAAAUUCCUCGUCUGUUUGCAGUUCACCACAACAUAAAAUGACAGCUUUUCGACCAGUUACACAAUCAUGUUCAACGGUCGCCACUGACCUUGCACCCGCAAGUGGUCCAACAAGCCCUCGUCCAGGUGCACUAAUAGUUAGAGAAAAAUUCAUAGAACCGCCCAGACGCCUUGCCCGUACUUUGCGGGGCAAAACCCAAUCUAUGGAUGCAGAGUUCCUAUUUAAUGAAUUCCUUUUAGUACCGUCACAAUCGGUACAAGCUCCUUCCAGUAACGAAACCAACAGUACGGUGACCUCGCCUUCAAUGCGUCCUAAUAAAAGAUUUAUAACCACCAAAGUUAUGGGCGAUUCGAAAGAUUACUUAGAGAAAAAAUAAUAUUCUAAAGCAUACCAGCCUAUACAUUGUAAAACAUUACAGACAC